AUGAGCGGGAGCGGCGCGGCGCCCGGCCCGGCCUCGGGUUCCUCCCCGGCCGCCUGCCGCUUCGCGCACUACUUCGUGCUGUGCGGGAUCGACGCGGACAGCGGGCUGGAGCCGGACGAGCUGGCGGUUUUAUACCAAUGGCUAGAAGCAGAUCGUCAUGGCAAGAGCCAAGAUGCUGCAAAUACGACUUCAGGUGAAAAUUUUGACCAGAGUCCUUUGAGAAGAACAUUCAAAUCCAAAGUUCUGGCCCACUAUCCUCAGAAUAUAGAAUGGAACCCUUUCGAUCAAGAUGCAGUAAACAUGUUGUGCAUGCCUAAAGGGCUGUCUUUCAGAACACAAACGGACAACAAAGACCCUCAGUUCCACUCAUUUAUAAUUACCCGGGAAGAUGGUUCUCGUACCUACGGUUUUGUUCUCACUUUUUAUGAAGAAGUUACAAGUAAGCAAAUCUGCACAGCAAUGCAGACACUCUACCAGAUGCACAAUGCAGAGCAUUACAGCAGUGUGUACGCUUCAUCCUCCUGCAGCAUGGAUUCACUCGCAAGCAGCAUUGACGAAGGAGAUACAACUUCCCUUUUGAAACUCCAGCGAUACAACUCCUAUGACAUCAGCAGAGACACUCUGUAUGUUUCAAAAAGUAUAUGUUUGAUCACACCACUGCCUUUCAUGCAAGCCUGCAAGAAAUUCCUCAUCCAACUUUACAAGGCAGUUACCUCACAGCAGCCACCACCUUUGCCUCUUGAGAGCUACAUCCAUAAUAUUCUCUAUGAGGUGCCCCUUCCACCUCCAGGGAGAUCACUGAAAUUUUACGGUGUUUAUGAACCUGUCAUCUGCCAGAGGCCGGGGCUCAGUGAACUCCCCCUCUCCGAUUACCCUCUCCGAGAGGUCUUUGAGCUCCUGGGCCUGGAGAACCUCGUGCAGGUGUUUACCUGUGUUCUUCUUGAGAUGCAGAUCCUUCUCUAUUCACAAGAUUAUCAACGCCUGAUGACUGUGGCUGAAGGCAUCACCACACUUCUGUUCCCAUUUCAGUGGCAGCAUGUUUAUGUGCCCAUCCUCCCUGCUUCUCUGCUACAUUUUCUUGAUGCUCCUGUCCCUUAUCUGAUGGGCCUUCAGUCAAAAGAAGGAACUGACCGUUCUAAGCUAGAACUUCCUCAAGAGGCUAACUUGUGUUUUGUAGAUAUUGACAACCAUUUUAUUGAGUUGCCUGAAGAAUUUCCACAGUUCCCCAAUAAAGUGGAUUUUAUUCAGGAACUCUCUGAAGUUCUUCUUCAGUUUGGGAUCCCUCCUGAGGGCAGUCUACAUUGCAGUGAGAGUGCCACCAAGCUCAAGAAUCUGGUUCUGAAAGACUUGGUCAAUGACAAGAAGAAUGGCAACGUCUCUGCAAAUAGCAUCAGCAUGUAUGAGUUACUGAAGGGCAAUGAAACCAUAGCUCGUCUCCAGGCUCUGGCCAAGCGGACUGGUGUGACUGUGGAAAAAAUGGACCUCUCUGCCUCUCUGGGUGAAAAAGAAAAAGACUUAAAACUGCAGUGUGAAGAGGCAGAACUAAGGGACUACCAGCUCAAUGUUCAACUCCGAGAGAUCUUUGCCAACCGCUUUACACAGAUGUUUGCAGAUUAUGAAGCGUUUGUGAUUCAGACUGCCCAGGACCUGGAAUCAUGGCUGACCAACCGGGAACAGAUGCAAAACUUUGAUAAAGCUUCCUUCCUGUCUGACCAGCCAGAGCCAUACCUGCCAUUUCUUUCACGCUUCAUUGAAACACAGAUGUUUGCCACCUUUAUUGAUAACAAAAUUAUGUCUCAAUGGGAAGAGAAAGACCCUUUGCUUCGAGUCUUUGACUCUCGGAUUGAGAAGAUAAGACUGUAUAAUGUAAGGGCACCCACCUUGAGGACAUCUAUUUAUCAGAAAUGCAGCACUUUAAAAGAAGCAGCCCAGUCAAUUGAACAGCGACUGAUGAAAAUGGAUCACACUGCUAUCCACCCACAUCUACUUGAUAUGAAAAUUGGUCAAGGCAAAUAUGAGCAAGGAUUUUUUCCAAAGUUACAGUCUGAUGUCUUGGCAACAGGACCAACUAAUAACAAUCGCUGGGUGAGUCGGAGUGCCACUGCACAGCGCAGGAAAGACCGCCUUCGCCAGCAUUCCGAGCACGUUGGGCUGGACAACGAUUUGCGGGAGAAAUACAUGCAAGAGGCACGAAGUUUAGGAAAAAACCUGAGGCAACCCAAAUUGUCAGACCUCUCUCCUGCGGUGAUUGCACAAACCAACUGGAAAUUUGUAGAAGGCUUAUUAAAAGAAUGUAGAAUGAAGACGAAACGCAUGUUGGUGGAGAAGAUGGGACAUGAAGCAGUGGAACUGGGCCAUGGGGAGGCAAACAUAACUGGCUUGGAGGAGAACACCCUGAUUGCCAGCCUCUGUGACCUGUUGGAAAGGAUAUGGAGCCAUGGCUUGCAAGUCAAGCAGGGGAAGUCAGCUUUGUGGUCACAUUUAAUUCAGUUUCAGGACAGAGAAGAGAAACAAGAGCACCUUGCAGAGUCGCCAGUUGCCCUUGGACCAGAAAGAAGAAAAUCUGACUCAGGAGUUAUGUUGCCAACCCUCAGGGUCUCUCUUAUCCAGGACAUGAGGCAUAUUCAAAACAUGAGUGAGAUCAAGACUGAUGUCGGACGAGCUCGAGCAUGGAUAAGAUUGUCUCUAGAAAAGAAGCUCUUGUCCCAGCAUCUCAAGCAGUUGCUCUCUAACCAGCUGCUCACAAAGAAGCUUUAUAAACGUUAUGCUUUUCUCCGUUGUGAAGAAGAAAGAGAGCAGUUUCUUUACCAUCUUCUUUCCCUCAAUGCUGUGGACUAUUUCUGCUUCACCAGUGUCUUCACCACUAUCAUGAUUCCAUAUAGGUCAGUGAUCAUUCCCAUCAAAAAGCUGAGCAACGCAAUCAUCACGUCGAACCCUUGGAUCUGUGUAUCAGGAGAACUAGGAGACACGGGAGUAAUGCAAAUUCCCAAAAACCUCCUUGAAAUGACUUUUGAAUGCCAGAACCUGGGGAAGCUGACAACUGUCCAGAUUGGUCACGAUAACUCAGGACUGUUAGCCAAAUGGCUAGUGGAUUGUGUCAUGGUCAGAAAUGAAAUCACAGGACAUACAUAUAGGUUCCCAUGCGGACGGUGGCUGGGGAAAGGCAUUGAUGAUGGAAGUCUGGAGAGAAUUCUCAUUGGAGAAUUGAUGACAUCAGCAGCAGAUGAGGAUCUAGUAAAGCAGUGUCGGACUCCACCCCAGCAGAAAUCACCCACUGUGGCCAGGAGGCUGAGCAUCACAUCACUGACAGGAAAAACUACCAAACCCAAUGCAGGACAGAUCCAAGAAGGAAUUGGAGAAGCUGUGAACAACAUUGUGAAACAUUUUCACAAACCUGAAAAAGAGAGAGGAAGCCUCACUGUGUUGCUGUGUGGAGAGAGUGGCUUAGUUGCAGCACUUGAGCAAGUUUUCCACCAUGGCUUCAAAUCAGCUCGCAUCUUUCACAAGAAUGUCUUCAUCUGGGACUUCAUAGAAAGAGCAGUUGCUUAUUUUGAAACCACUGACCAGAUUCUAGAUAAUGAAGAUGAUGUCCUCAUUCAGAAAUCAUCCUGCAAAACCUUCUGCCACUAUGUAAAUGCUAUUAAUACUGCACCCCGGAAUAUUGGGAAGGAUGGCAAAUUCCAGAUCUUAGUUUGCCUUGGAACACGAGAUCGCCUGCUCCCACAGUGGAUUCCUCUGUUAGCCGAGUGUCCUGCCAUCACCCGAAUGUAUGAGGAGAACGCCCUCCUGCGAGAUCACAUGACUGUCAACUCCCUCAUCCGCAUUCUGCAGACCAUCCAGGACUUCACCAUAGUCUUAGAAGGCUCACUCAUCAAAGGAGUGGAUGUGUAACCCAAUUAGCUAGAAACUCA